AUGUCUGAGAGACGCGUUCGUGUUGCCACUCCAGUCUCUUCGGAGGCUGGCGACUCACUCCCUCCAGAUGCUGGUGACAUAUGGACUAGCAUCAUGUUCAGUUCUAAUCCCACUCAAGAUCAUGGUGUUGUAUCAAAUGAUGUUGUAUCGAAUGACUCCCCGGUGGAGCCACGCCCCGCAUUGCCCGAGGACCCCAUAGAUUGGUGGGGCAACUAUGAAUAUCGGGUUGAUUCUUUAGGAAAGAGAGAGAAAAAUUACGAGCGAUGUUUUAAUGGCGACUUUGAUGAAGUCACAAGCAUGCUGUCAGACAUGUAUGUUGUAGAGUUGCUCCGCACACCCAACUUUUUGACAGCCCGGCGUUCCCCAUCAAUGGGGGUCGUUGGCAGUGUCACCGGCCGUCCAAACAUCGGCAGAAGACCGGAAGAAGAUCCGGUACAAUUGACCGCAGGAACUCACUCCUUCGAUCAAGAUGUCGAAUCAACUGCUCCCGACGUAUCAUCCCUAUGA